CCAGAAUUCUCCUUAGGAGGCGGGACAAGAAUGAGUCGAAGGCUACUGUUGGAAGACAAUAACAGAAGAUCUUGAACCGUGAGCAAAGGCUGUCAUCCCAAGAGAGAAAAGCCCCCUAGACCACAGUGGAACUUCUAAACAAAUCUGAAUACGAUUGGAUUGAAUGGUUUCGGAGUGUGAGGAGAGAUUUUUUUAAUAUGCAAAGAUACAAGUAGAGAUAGAAGAAAGAGAAGCCAGCAGGAGUAGGGAUAGUUGCCGAAGUUAAGUGUACAGGAUGGUGCAGGAAUAGGACGAGAUUGUCUUCUGCUUAUAAGAGGGUAGAAGUUUGCGCUCCGUUGCUUUCCGACUACCACCAACUGUGUAGACCCCCAGAAGCAUGGGUCUUGGAGAGGGGUGGUCUGGAAACUGGGGGAUGCAGAUAUUGCCGAAGAAAGGCCAAACGGAGAACCGAGGGCGGUGCUGGGCAAAGGACGUGAGAAGCCGACUUGGCUUAAGCGGACUGCUCUUCUCCGUUUUCCCCGCGGCCUUCGCCCUCCCUUGCUCUUUGCCGGCCGCAGGGCCCUCACCCGUCAAGGGAAGCGGUGGUGGCUGUGGCGCGAUUCGGCUCGCCUGAACCAGGACUCCGGCCAUGGCAGAGACGGAGAACGGAGGAGACAGCUCAGUGCAUGAGACUCGUUUCGAAGCGGCGGUGAAAGUGAUCCAGAGCCUGCCCAAAAAUGGUUCUUUCCAGCCAACAAAUGAAAUGAUGCUAAAAUUCUAUAGUUUUUAUAAGCAAGCAACUCAAGGACCUUGUAAUAUUCCAAGACCAGGAUUUUGGGAUCCUAUUGGUAGAUACAAAUGGGAUGCAUGGAGUUCGUUGGGCACAAUGCCCAAAGAAGAUGCUAUGAUUGCAUAUGUUGAAGAAAUGAAAAAGAUUCUUGAAACAAUGCCGAUGACGGACAAAGUUGAGGAACUGCUACAUGUUUUAGGCCCAUUUUAUGAAAUUGUAGAGGAUAAAAAAAAUAAAGGAUCUGAUCUAAUCACAGAUCUUCACAAAGCUGUGCCAGCUGUGAAUGGAAAAUCAGAAAACAAUGACAGUGGGGCAGAAUCAGAGGACGAACCACAACCGGAAGAAUUGAGAGAUGUCCAGCAGAUUGAUAAAGGACCUUCAGAAGAAGAAGAAGAUGUGAAACAAAAUUCAUCCCCAGAUAAGGAUCUAGAUGGUGUGGUUAUCAAUGGAAGUUGCAAUGCUGUUUCUAACAUUGACAUAAACAAUGGCUUACAGUCCAAAUCUAACCUGAAUGGCAUCAAUGUGGAUGACGAAAUACAGAUAAGUGAAAAGUGCCUUGAGUUACCAGUCAUCCCUAACUGGGAUUCUACUCAUCAAGAUCAAAAUGAAGAUACCAUUGAAGUGUCUGGAAUUCAACUCUUGACAAGUGAUUCAGAUAGUGAAAUAUAUUGUGAUUCAAUGGAGCAGUUUGUACAAGAAGAGAUCCUGGAAAUCAGCUCAUCAGUCAAGGAAAUUUCCAGAAAUCCAUUAACUUUCUCGGAAGUAGAUUAUAAUAAUCUGUUAGAAACAUCUGGCUUUCUUGAACUUGGAAAUCACAAAGCAGAAGGUAUAAAGGAAGCAGCAACUGAAGGAAAAGGUGAAAUUAAGUGCGGUGGUGAAGAUGGCAAAGGAAAUGAUGGAGGCCCUCAAAAAGAGAAGAAAAAUGGUGAAAAGGUUAACUUCUAUGGAGUUCGAAGGGGAAGAGGACAUAGAAUGUAUCCUUUAGGAGAUGGUGGCCAAGGUGGACAGAUGGGCAGUGGAGGAGAUGGAGAACGAUGGGGUUCAGAUAGAGGACCUCGGGGCACCCUCAAUGAGCAGAUUGCAAUUGUACUCAUACGAUUGCAAGAAGAUAUGCAAAAUAUUCUUCAAAGAUUACAUGCACUUGAGGCCCUCACAACUUCACAGGCAACACUACAGCCAAAUAAUCAGCCUGAGGCACCUGUUAAGAAACCAUCAUGGUGGCCCUUUGAGAUUUCUCCUGGUACUUUAACCUUUGCUGUUUUAUGGCCCUUUGUUACUCAAUGGUUGGUGCAUUUAUAUCUUCAAAGAAGAAGAAGAAAACAGAACUGAGCCUUUCAUUCCUGAUUUUGUUUAAGAACUACUAGUAUGAGAAGAUUUUGAAAACUACUAUAGUUAACACAGGAAAUAUAAGCUCUGGAAUGAUUAAAACAUCCUUGUAUUUUUCCUUAACAUCUUUCUUUUUCUUUUUGCACUACUGAAGAUUCUAUACUUGAAUGAGACAUUUUUCCUAUAUUUCUAAUAGAAUAAAUACAACUGUCCUACUAAGCAAUCAAAUGAACUACAAUUAUUAUGACAAUACCUUCCUGAUGAACAGUUUGUAUAAUGUCUUUAAUUUUCAGUUCCUAUUGGGGAGAAAAAAUAAGUCUUUAGAAAAGAGAGGAAAAACCUUGAAAGCAUGUAUCCCCACUCCCCAAAAUUCCAUGGUACUAUAACUGUAUGAUUUGUUUUAUAAUAACAGCCUUUUGGUUAGACAUGCAAUAGAUUGAGUAAAUGGUACACCCCCAAAGGCCAAAAUAAACAGGAUUAUUACUAUUGCAUUUAAGAGUAUUGAGUCUGAUUUCUAACUGCUAGUAUAUGUGAUAAAGUUUUAAUAAGUAAAGUGUUUGAGGCUGUUGAUUUUGCUUCCACAGAUGCCACCAAGAUUAUAUAUUUUUAAAAGCUACAAAAGUAGGCAUAGCCAUACAUUUCAGUGUAAUAACUGAGUCUCAAAUAGCAUGAUUGAUUCAAAGUAGUUCAUUGGACAGAAUGCUUAAGAAAGGAAAACAGCCCUGAAAAUACUAAUUUAAGUGCAGCCUCAGGGCAAGUAUGAACAAGUCAUGAACACGGUCUAUUGAAUAAAGAGACAGGUACUAUCUUUAUUCAAAAAGUCCAAUUUAAUUAAUACUUAGUCAUACAUUUUGCAUAUUAAAAACUUGCUCUAUGAUGCUGUUCUGCAUUUGUAAAGAAAUACUUUGUAAGUGGAUGCCAAUGGAAAAAUGAUGUUAACAGCUAUACCUUUUCUAAAGCUAUGCAACCAACUCUGCUGUUAAAUUACUUCCACUGAUUAAUUAGGACUGGGGAAUUCCUUGUACUGUAUUCAACACUGGAAGAAAUGUAUCAAAAUGAAUAAGACUAUGAUACUUGCAAGCAGGCUUACUUUAAAGAAAAGUAAUAUGUCUUAAGAGCUUAUAUGAUUGCUUUUAACUCUUUUCAACAUCAGAAUGGAAGGAAGCUUUCAGCCAUCAUCGCAACAGGGGGCACUUCCCACCCCUGCCAUGUACAAUGCCUACAAGGGGGAUGCUAGCAAAUCUUAACAUGCCCUGGGAACCCUAAACUUGGUGCCAUUAUAUUAUCCAAAAGCUAGGUGCUUUCUUCUUAAGACUGAGCGUUCAUCAGGGUUAAAACAUCCCCUGCAGUUUGCACUCUUUGUCCAGAGAUUGGCUCUUGAAUUUAUAAAACGUAAAUCUUUCAGAUGUAGUUGUUCAAUAUUGCAGGUUUAGCGGUCUGUCAGCUUGAGGAAAGGUAAAUGCUUCAAGCCAGAUAGCUCUUCAUGCAGGUGCAUCUGCAGGAUAUG